UAGUUGUUCGAAUGUUGUCCUGCGGUUAUCUGAGUAUAUUAUAUAUAUUUAUAAAUUUUUAAGGCCACAUGUUAUAACGACUUUUAUAUUACUUCCUUACACGCUCGUGUUUCACCAAUAGUUCAGUGCAUUUAUGUGCGUUGUGUUGAUUGUUCACAUGUUUUUAACUUUUAUCCUUAGCAACGUUUUCGUAGAAAAUCAUAUAAACCAAUUUCAUCUCAUACAGUAAAGUUGUCGUCGUCGCAAGUCAUCUAAUAAGUGCGUUUUACCCUACUGUCGUCCUGAGAAUCCAUUGAAUUUAGAAAAUUCCUGUCUAAAACUAGUGUCUCGUAAACCUGUCGGCUGGAUUUUCAUUGCGUCGUUUACUGAUGCGAUUGGGUCUAUCCAAGAGGAUAAUUACUGUCGUCGGUAAGUUACGAUUGUCGUCCGAAAAGUAUUUCAAAAUGAGUGCCGUGAGUUUUACUGUGGGACCCAAAAACUGUUCCACGAUCGGCGUGGACGUAUCCAAAAUGAGUGCUGCACACCUAGCCAUCGACAAACACGUCAAAGAUGGCAUGAUACUGGGCAUCGGUAGCGGGUCGACAAUUGUGUACGGUGUUCAACGAUUGGCACAAAGAAUGAAAGACGAGAAUUUGUCUGUUGUUUGCGUUCCAACGUCUUAUCAGGCACGUCAAUUGAUUAUCGAUUACAAACUAACAUUGGGAAACCUAGACUCAAAUCCUAAAAUAGAUUGUACAAUUGAUGGAGCAGAUGAGAUUGAAGUUGGCACUCUGACGUGCAUAAAAGGCGGAGGAGGAUGUUUGACCCAAGAAAAAAUUGUAGCAUCAUGUUCUGAAAAAUUGAUAAUUGUUGCCGAUGGAGCUAAAGAGGUAAACCAUUUGGGUCAAAAAUGGAAGAAAGGUAUACCUAUUGAGGUAAUACCUAUGUCGUGUAAACCAAUUCAGCAAAAAAUUGAAGGAAAGUAUGGAGGUGAAGCCAUUUUGAGAAUGUCUGGUGAUAAAGCAGGACCAUUAGUUACAGACAACGGUAACUUCAUAUUAGAUUGGUCUUUUCCUGAGACAAAAUAUUGUUGGUCAUCUGUCCACAAUUAUUUAAAAUUAAUUCCAGGAGUGGUUGAGACUGGAUUAUUUAUUGAUAUGACGGAUGAAUGCUUGGUCGGAGAUCCACAAGGCAAUGUACGAUUACUGAAGAAGACUGAACAAACUUUAGAGUUGUAGGUUAAAUCUAAUAUCUGUGUUAACAUGUCAUAUAUUAUUUAAAUUGGAUAGUAUUCUUUCUAAUAGCUAAGUAUUAUGACUUAUUUUUAUCUUCUAACUGUGUGUUGCUUAAAUCAAAUAGCGUUUUAGAUAUUUUAGAUCUUCAAAUACUGUUUUCAUUGAUUAUAUUUCAUAACUUAAACUUAUGUAU